CCGUAUACACCAAAAUACGGGUCGAUUCUUAUAAGGCUUAAAAUUAUUGAAUUUCCCAAACAGACCUCGUUUUCACGGUUUUUCCGUGAGAUUUACCGAUACGCGGUGACGUAUUUACGUUUAAAAAAACACACACGGUGUUAGCUCUGGGAAGCAAGGUGCCUAUAGCGAUCACUCCAGCGGACGGGGAUUAUUUAUCAAUGUGUCAAAAGUUAUAAGUGUCAAAUUUAAAUAGUUUUAAAUUUAUUAUAUUAUUGUAAAGAUAUACAGUUCACUUACUGGGUAAAAUGGGAGCAAAAGGAAGUGUUGAAGCUGCCAAGUGUAAUGCACAAAACUGGAACAACUUGGAGCACAAGCAUAAAUCGUUGCAUCAAAGAACGCUAUCUCUGAACAGGGGCGCCAGAGGCCAAUGGGGCUCUAGCAGAGGCACGGAAUUUGGCGGCGAUAUGUGGUGACAACGGGGGCAGUGUCAGUGCCCUGCCUCCACCAUGGGCAACAAGUUGAGCUGCAGCUGCGCCCCGCUCAUACGCAAAGCGUACAGAUACGAGGAUUCCCCGUGGCAGACGUCGAGGAGAAGGGAUGGCCAUCUGUUGAGGCUAUGGGCGGAGGUGUUCCACGUAUCGGCCAGUGGCGCAGGUACGGUGAAAUGGCAGCAGGUCAGCGAAGAUUUAGUUCCUGUCAACAUAACCUGUAUCCAAGAUUCACCAGAGUGCGUGUUCCACAUAACGGCCUACAAUUCGCAGGUCGACAAAAUAUUAGAUGUACGACUAGUUCAACCAGGUACCAGAAUAGGCCAAGCAUCGGAAUGUUUCGUUUAUUGGAAAGACCCAAUGACCAACGAUACUUGGGGUUUGAAUUUUACCUCUCCCAUAGAUGCCAAACAAUUUCGAGAUUGUUGUUGUGAUUUGUUGCAGUCGCCGUCUUUCAAGUUCUCCCGCAAAGCAUCCUCCUCCUACUCGCUCAAACUAGAACCACCCAAUAAGCAGAAGUUCAAGACGAAGAGAAAACCGCUCAGCACGCCAGCAUCUCCGAGCAGGGCCAGGGAACCCCAGUGCACCUGCGGAGUCACCGUGGAGCAGUACGCCAGGAUCAGGGCUCAGGAUCCCCGAUAUAGAGGUUCUUCAACACUUCCUCGAGCAACUACCAGAGGUAGCGAUACCGAAGGAAGAUCGGACAAAGUAACAGCAGCUACUUCAUCUACUAGCCUUUACGAUAACGUUGGUGCUAAUCAAAAUGCUUGUUCACAAGGUACGAAAGGAACGCAAAGGGAGGGGAGUCAGAAUAAGCAGAACAGGGACAGAUCGGUCCAACAGCAAUCCCAAGAAACAAGCACUAUGACCUCGAACACGGUCACAGGACCAAAGACUGCAACCGCCUCAGUGGGCACCCAGAAUAACGUCAGUUCACAGGUGCAGACAGAGGCUCAGCUCCCGCCGACAGAGAGCUCCAAAUCGGAAGGCACCCAAGCUGGCGGCACUCUCCAGAACACGAAGACCUCCUCCCGUCCUCCCUUCAGAGAUCACCACGUCCUCACCAACACCAAGUCGGUCGACUAUUCCGACGUGGACAUGGUGAGGGACGCCGAUCUCAGAUCCGCCCAGCACCACCACAACAACGCCGUCAACAACAACAACCUGAUGAACAGGAGGAACAAGUCGAAGAGCACCGAGGACAUGAACAGGGAGAACGGGAUGAGUCUGGACAGCAACACGCUGAAGAGGAUGUUGAAACCGAUGCCGAGCCAGGAGAGCCCGGUGACGUCGCCUGAGAUGGGUAGGAAGAGGUAUAAUUAUUACAACGGGCACCAUCACAGGUACCAGAAUAAUUUCAACGGAAGGCAUUCGGACAUGGAGAACAACCACAAUCACAAUCACAGGUCUUCGAUGUCGCAGAAUUCCAGGUUUUCUGGAUCUAGAUCUUCUCAUGAAAUCGGUAGGGGCUACCCUGGAAGGGGUCUGUACUUGGAAUUGGAGAGGGGUGCUUGUGGAGAUCUAUCGCCACCAUCGGAUAACGUAAUCUUCGACAACCAAUGCUACGCAACCACUCCUAGCUCAAGUAACGGCAACUCUGAUCCUGAACAGCCUGGUCAUUAUCACGGUAGAGGUCGGCACAUGCAUCAUCAGAACCUCAACGCAACAUCAACUCCAAGUUCUCCAACCAGUCGUCUGCUCCUCGAGUACGAGAUGCAUCUUCGCAAUACCUUAGCCAAAGGAAUGGACGCCGAAAGCUACAGCUUGCAUACUUUUGAGGCUCUUCUGAGUCAGAGCAUGGAGAAUUUAGAAUUCGCCGAGAAUCUGCCCGGAUCAAAUCAGAGGAGUCCUUAUCCUUUAAGAAAACGACCAAACUCUAAUAUAUCAAUGAACAAAUCUUCCACCUUACCCCUUCAACAUAGACUGAAUACUAUAGAGAGAAUGAGAGAGCGUGAUAGAGAGAGAGAUGGUUACUAUAGCGAUCGCAACGAACUGAUGAGAGAACGAGAGAAAGAGAGAGAGAGGGAACGUGGAUAUCUUAGCGAUCACAAUGCCAGUUCCCGCUGUGCUUCCUGCAUCGGUGAAUCUAGCCGAGCUCAAUGGUUCCGUCACUCUGACGGAUGGCGAUCAGGCAGUUCCACCUUCAGCUCAACUCAGGGCCCUCAACCUGGCCACAAGAGAUCCCCUUGGGACUCUCUGCCUUCGCUACGUCAGGAUAGCAGCAUGAACGAUAGCGGUUACAAAAGCAACAAAAACGAUAGCUUCGAACAACGAGGCAUGUUCGAUCACCAAGACAGUCUACGUUCGGAUUACAUGAGUGAUAGAGAGUCUUCCAGAUACGGAAUUGUCCAACAGGCUUCCAUUGAGAGCGCAGAUUCCAGAUUGUGCUAUCUCACCUCCUCCGAGAUCUCCGAUGAUGACCGCAUGUCCCUGACCACCGCCGUCUCAGACGAAGACGAUGGCGAGAGCAUUAUGAACUCCCCUUAUAAAGCGAAGCAAACUGGAACGGCAGCCGCUUCGUUCAAUUGUACUGGCGCAGUCAGGAAGGCAGGAUUCCUAAGCGUCAAGAAAUGGCUCCUGAGGAAGAAACAUCAGAUCGAAUUGGCGCGCAAGAGAGGCUGGAAAGGCUACUGGGUCUGCCUGAAGGGCACCACGUUGCUUUUCUACCCUUGCGAUUCCAGGGAGGGGCGGUCUGUGGAAGCUGCCCCCAAACAUCUGAUCAUCGUAGAUGGCGCCAUUAUGCAACCCAUACCGGAACAUCCAAAGAGGGACUAUAUCUUCUGUUUGAGCACUGCAUUCGGUGACGCUUAUCUCUUCCAGGCCCCUUGUCAGGUGGAACUGGAAAACUGGGUUAACAGCAUCCAUGGCGCAUGUGCAGCAGCUUUUGCUCGGCAUCGUGGAAAGACAGGGACUUUACAUUUGCUGCAGGAGGAAAUAUUCAGACUGGAAAAAGCAAUAGAGACGGACUACAAGCUGAAGCAUAUGGCGGAAAUGCAACAGUCUGUCGUUGGUGACUCGGAUGCCCGCCAACAGAUUGCCAAUCAAGUGAUGCAAUGGGAGGAGAACCUGGAACGACUUCACUGCGAGCAGUUCAGACUGCGCUGCUACAUGGCCAGCCUGCAGAGCGGAGAACUGCCCAACCCCAAAUCUCUUCUGACCCACGUCUCGAGAACAACGAAAAAUACACUGAACAAGCUCGGGGUCUUUACAGUCUCAUCUUUCCACGCUUUCAUUUGCGCCAGAAGUCCCUCAUUACUGAAUAAUUUGCUGGCUGGGCGAGGAGCAACAAAACGAAGGCCGCCUAUGCUCUCAAGGUCGAACAGCGGUUCCAGCCGAAGAUCCAUGCAGAUGAACAGCAGAGAGGACUCUGAGAAAUCUGUGACAGUAUCACUGCCCGAUAACACUAACGCCACUGUUUAUGUUAGAGAAUCAAUGUCAGUAGAAGAGUUUCUUGCAAGCGCUUGUGCCAGGAAAAAUCUAAGCUCAACGGAACAUUUCAUCAGGGUGAAGAAAAGAAGAGAUAUGGAAGAACACAACUACUUCGUACCACAUAGAAGUGACCUUAUUGAUACCUACUUGCACACGCAUGAAGUGGUCGAAGUAUGUGCCAAAAUUCUUUAUCAGGUGGAACUGGCGCGCAGCACUCUAGAACAGAUGUGGGGCUUCAGCGUGGAGGCCGAGCUGGUCGAGAACUCUGACCGGCAGGACGAGCUGUGCUGCUACGUGAGCAGGGUGGAGGACAAGAGCGUCGCGAUGCAGAACGGCAUCAUCAAGGGGGACGAGAUCAUGGUGAUAAACGGUGCCAUCGUGUCCGACCUGGACAUGAUGUACCUGGAGAGCGUGCUGCAGGAGGAGCUGGCGCUGUGCAUGAUGAUGAGGUCGUCAAGGAAGGAACCGCCUGACCUGGCGGGGAUACUCAGGGCCACGGACGACAUCAUCGAGAGUCUGGUGUGUCCUCCGCCUCCCUCGGAGCCACCUGGUAUCAGCGAGGAGAUGAUCUCGGGGUUGAUAGUGCCGGCACCAGACUGCUCCAGCGGCAAAGACCGGUACUCCACGGAAUCCGACAAUCCUCCAUCCUCGAUGACAGACUCAGGGAUAAAGGUCAGCUCCAGGACCAACUCGUUCGAGAUAGAGAACCUGCUCAAGACCGCCGAACAGGUGACAGGAUUCUGCAGGUCCCCCAUCGAAACCAGGAAGUCGAGUCCGACCGGAAGCGUGCUCAGUUCUACCUCAACCACCAUGUUCUCCUCGUCCAAACAGCUGUCCGAUUCCGAAAAAUUGAGAAAGGUCAUCUUGGAGCUGGUCGAUACGGAGAGGGCCUAUGUCAAGGAUUUGAACAACCUCUUGGAGGAUUACUUGCUGCCUUUGAAGAAGGAAACUUUCCUGUCUAGCGCCGAGAUCAAUGCCUUGUUCGGUAACAUUCACGAGAUUGUAACUUUCCAAAGGCAGUUUCUGCUCAACUUGGAGGAUGCCCUCGAGUUGGAGUCCGAUUUCCACAAGUUCGAGUAUUUGAGCCUGUUCAAGAACAUCCUAUUCUCAAUCGGAAAUGCCUUUCUAUACUACGUUAACCAUUUCAAAUUGUACAGUUCAUUUUGCGCUAGUCACAGUAAAGCCCAGAAAGUUCUUCACCCGAACGAAGGCAAUCAAGCACUUCAAGAAUUUCUAGCUGCUAGGAAUCCCAAACAGCAGCAUUCUUCCACAUUGGAAUCUUAUUUAAUCAAACCUAUUCAAAGAAUAUUGAGAUACCCGUUGUUACUACAGCAGCUCAGGAAUUUGACAGAUGCCAACACUGACGAACAUCAGCAUUUACUAGAGGCCUUAAAAGGAAUGGAAAAAGUAGCAGAACAUAUAAAUGAAAUGCAGAGGAUUCACGAAGAGUACGGAGCAAUAUUUGAUCAUUUAUUUAGACAACAUCAGAAAUCUUGCAAGCAGCCUAUCGAUCUGAGUCCCGGCGAUCUCCUCUACUACGGAGGAGUCGAAUGGCUGAACAUUUCGGACUUCCUAGGAAAAAUAAAGAAAGGUUUGGAACUCCACGCGAUGUGUUUCGUUUUCAAGACUGCCGUUGUAUUUUUAUGUAAAGAGAGAUUACGCCAAAAGAAGAAAUUGAUGGGAGUGACGAGCAAGGCGUCGAGUUCUGAAGUGGAAAUAAUCCGAUAUCAAGUGCUGAUACCAGUGACGGAGGUACAGGUCAGGGCUUCCUCCGCCAAAGAUAUGGACUCGCACUUCUUAUGGGAACUGAUUCAUCUUCGAAGUCAAUUACAGAGGAGGUCGGAGAAGGUCUAUGUCCUAUCGAAUAGCACGGCCGAUUUCAGAAACGCCUUCCUGAAGACGAUACGUCAGAUCAUAAGAGAAUCCGUCAGGAACAUGUCCAUCCCCUCCACCAAACCAGGAAGCGGACCAGGGAUACUCCUGGUGACCGGACAUAAGGGAGAAGGACUCAACAGCCAGACUUUGGAGAGGCCGUCUGCCAAACACACCAUAGUGAUACAGGGCGGCUCCCAUACCUUAGGCAAGGUGAAGAAAUCGAAGCCCAGCCAAAGACACUCGGCCGGUAACAUAGACUACGACCAAUUGAACCAGAGCGGAGACGAAAGUGCUGGAAACUUCAGAUUGAGGAGCAAGACGAUCACCGAUGCGGCGGAUGCAAAGAAGGACCACGAUCAGGGUUUCAAAUCUGAAGGCGAGGAGGACUCUCAAUCUUGCGUCAAAACGAAGUCUCUAGGAAGAACACCAAAUCAUCUCACGCUGAGUACUACCUCAACAUUAUCAGCGGGGAGCACGGGCAGCCAGGCGAAACUGAUCCAAUCGUCCCACAAUCCGGAGGACUUCCACCCCAUCAAGUCUGAUGAGCUAGGUAAGCAAAAAAACACGAAAAUAAUCAAGGUCGAAGUUCACACCGACAAGCAGAAAUCCCCGAACCCCUCUCCCAAAAACCCCAACAGGGGCGUGAGCCCCCUGGGCAACCGCCGCUCCAGGGACUCGAGCCCCAAGGGCUCGGAGGUCAAGGCGAAGAGCCCCAAGAAACUCAAGUCCUCGCUGAAGGGCUCCACCAAAACGUUGACGAUCGACAAUCCGACCUGCGUCGAGUGCUACUUGUCCGGCAAAUCGGAGAACGGAUAGCAUCUGGCAACGCUGGCUAGGAGGGCCAGUUGCUACGCCUCGAUCUCCUUCCCCAAGGACGCCACCUUGGAGGAGAUCAACUUUUGAGAAUUUCGUUUGGGGUCAUGACGACAAUGAUGUGGCAUGAACGUUCAUAGCUGUUUCCGAAAUGGCACUAAAAAAAAAUUGCACCUCGUAUUUAAAGAAAAAAAAAUGUAAACGAUAGGAGUUAUCUAUAGGAGCACUGAACACUAGACUGAAAUUUAUAUAUAUAAGCGAAAUAAAUGACGCUCGUUAAGACGCUUCCCUG